CCGUAGCUGCGGACCCUCCUGCUCCGAGAAGUCGGGGCCGUCCGGGCCGUCCGGGAGGCAGCGACCUAGCGCAUCCACCCCCAUGCUGGAAGAAGAAGCUCUGUAUUCUCAGGACUCUGUCCAUUCUGAAGAAGGGAAACUAGGAGAUGAGGGUAUUACUGGCGUGCUCUUGUCAGCCAGGUCCCAGUGCAAACAGAAUCCCUGGCCUAAAGGAGCUUACAAGCUAAUGGUGGAAGACGACACCCAAAAGGCUGAAAAGUGGAGGGGGGAAGAGGAAGAAGGGACCCAACAUGGGCAUGGUGAAGUCAGAAGAGUCCCAGAGUAUCGCAGCCAGGAAUCUGUGGCAUUUAAAGAUGUGGUCAUGGACUUCACCCAGGAGGAGUGGGGGCAACUAGACCUUCCUCAGAAAGACCUAUACAAGGACCUGAUGUUGGAGAAGUACAGGAACCUGGUUUUGCUGGGGCUUCCAGUUUCUAAACCUGAUGUGAACUCUGAGUUGGAGGAAGGAGAAGACUCAUGGAUGCCCAGGAAAGAAGACCCAGGAAGCACCUGUUCAGACUGGGAUACUGUACCAGAGUCCAAAGAAUCACCUCCAAAUCCUGACAUUUUUGAAGAUAACUCAACUGCACCCAAAGAAGCAAUAAUGGAAACACUACCAAAAAUUGGUCCAGAGGACCCCACAUAUCAAGAGACGUGGGAAUGUGAUGGCAGACUAGAGAGGCAGCAGGAAAACCAAGAGAGAGAUUCAAGGAAAGUAAAAAUCAUUCACAAGAAACCUUCCCCUGGAGAGAGAGGUCUUGAAGGUAGUGAACUUGGGAGGAACUUUGGCCUGAGGUCAGUCCUUGUUACACAACAGAGAGUUCGUGUAGGAAAAAGCCUCCUUAAAUGUAGUAUACGUAGAAAGAAUUCAGACCUACUUAAACAUCAUAAGAUACAUGCUGAAGAAAAACCCUAUACUUGUAAUGAUUGUGGAAAAGGCUUCAGUUACUGCUCAUCCCUUUCUCAGCAUCAGAAAAGUCAUACUGGAGAGAAACCAUAUGAAUGUAAUGAAUGUGGGAAAGCCUUCAGCCAGAGCUCAUCCCUUGUUCAGCACCAGAGAAUUCAUACUGGAGAGAAACCCUAUAAAUGUAACGAAUGUGGAAAAGCUUUCAGUCAGAAUGCAAACCUCACCAAACAUCAGAGAACUCAUACUGGAGAGAAACCCUAUAAAUGUAAUGAAUGUGAGAGAGCCUUUGGUGACUGCUCAGCCCUUAUUCAACAUCAGAGAAUUCAUACUGGAGAGAAACCUUAUGAAUGUAAUGAAUGUGGAAAAGCCUUCCGUCACAGUGCAAAUCUCACAAACCAUCAAAGAACUCAUACUGGAGAAAAACCCUAUAAAUGUAUUCAGUGUGGAAAAUCCUUUGGUUAUUGUGCCGCCUUUAUUCAGCAUCAGAGAAUUCAUACUGGAGAGAAACCCUAUAAAUGUAAUGAAUGUGGGAAAGCCUUCAGUCAGAGUGCAAAUCUCACAAACCAUCAGAGAAUUCAUUCUGGAGAGAAACCUUAUAAGUGUAAUGAAUGUGGGAAAGACUUCAGCCAGAGUACAAACCUCAUAAUCCAUCAGAAUAUUCAUACUGGAGAGAAACCCUAUGAAUGUAAUGAAUGUGGAAAAGCCUUCAGUGAUAGCUCAGCCCUCAUUAGACAUCAUGUCAUUCAUACUGGAGAGAAACCCUAUGAAUGUAAUGAAUGUGGGAAAGCCUUCAGCCAGAGCUCAUCCCUUACUCAGCAUCAGAGAACUCAUACUGGAGAGAAACCUUAUGAAUGUAAGGAGUGUGGAAAAGCUUUCAGGUGUAGUUCAGCCUUCAUCAGACAUCAAAGACUCCAUACUGGAGAGAUUGCCUCAGGAAAGAAACUUUAUAAUUACAAUGAAUGUGGAAACUCGUUCAGGUACCACUUAGACUUUAUUCAAUAUCAUACUGGAAAAAAAUCCUAUAAAUGCAAUGAAUGUUCAAAAGCUUUCAAUAAGGAGUCAUCCCUCAGCAGGCACUGGAGAAUUCACAUUGGAGAGAAAACCUAUGAAUGUAAUGAAUGUGGGAAAAAUUUCAAUGAGAGGUCAUGUUUAAAUAAACACCAGAGAAUCCAUACAGGAGAGAAACCCUACAAAUGUAAUGAAUGUGGGAAAGCCUUCACUGGUAGGUCAUCCCUUAGUAGACAUCAAAGAAUCCAUACUGGGGAAAAACCCUAUGAAUGUAAUGAGUGUGGGAAGGCCUUCAUUCAGAGUAUACACCUUACUCGACAUCAAAGAAUUCAUACAGGAGAGAAACCCUAUAAAUGUAAUAAGUGUGGGAAACCAUUUAGAUGGAAUACACAACUUAUUCUACAUCAGAGGAUCCAUACAGGAGAGAAACCCUAUGAAUGUAAUGAAUGUGGAAAAGCCUUUAGCCGUAGCACACACCUUAAUCAACAUCAGCUAAUUCAUACUGGAAAGAAACCUUAUGAAUGUAUUGUAUGUGGGAAGGCUUUCAAUGACAGGUCAUCUGUUACUAAGCAUCAGCGAAUUCAUACUGGAGAGAAACCCUAUGAAUGCAGUGUAUGUGGGAAAGCCUUUCCUCAUAGGUCAUCCCUUACUGAACAUCACAGAGUUCAUACUAGAGAAAAACCCUAUGCAUGUGAUGCAUGUGGAAAAGCUUUCAGCCGUAACACGUACCUUACUCAACAUCAGAGAAUUCAUACAGGAGAGAAACCCUUUGAAUGUAAUGAAUGUGGGAAAGCCUUUGGCCGGAGCACAAACCUUGCUCAACAUAAGAGAAUUCAUACUGGAUUAAAACCCUAUGAAUGUAAUGCAUGUGGGAAGGCCUUCAUUGAUAGGUCAUCCCUUUCUAAACAUCAGAGAGUCCAUACUGGGGAGAAACCCUAUGAGUGCAAUGAAUGUGGGAAAGCUUUUAGCCACAUAUCUUCCCUUACUAAACACCAGAGAAUUCAUAAUGGAGAGAAAUUUUAGUUGAUGUGGAAAAUUCCUUAUAAAUUCAACCCAUACUCAACAUUAGAGAAUUCAUCUUAGAGAACACUAAGGUAGUGUGGUACAGUGAAAGGAUUUGGAUUAAGUUAGAAUCAGAGGACCUGGCUCAAAU